AACAUUGUGGACUCUAAUCCUGCCAGAUAUCAGCACUGUUCAGAUACCAGUUACAUCGUAGCGCAUACACAACAAGCAGGAGACCAGCCGUAAACUCCUUAACUGUACUAAGGGCAUCAUGUCUAGCGGUCCGAAUCCCACAGGAGAGGAAAGGGGGUCCGGUAAAUGCAAUCGCAUUCAAUCAAAACAAAUAGCAUUUAUUUGUAGUGUAGCAAACGUCAUCCUAACGCUUGCGUUCCUUGUUCUGAUAAUAGCCUUAGCUGUUAAAAGAACAUCUUUAAAACCUCAAGAAAGCUUAGCAUGCAUUUUAUGCGACAAAAUGAAGCCUAAUGCUAACACAAACCUAGGCCCACAACCUGCUGGUCGUUCUGCUAUCAAACAAAGAGACGAUGGGAUGUGUUGCGGACCUGCUGAUAGUAUUACUCAGAUAUUGGUUCAAAUGGAAAUGGCAGCUCAGUAUCACUACGGCGGUUCAGGUCAAAGUCUCAUUGACAUAGCAGAAGAGUAUGCUACCUGUGAACGAAAAACAAACGACAAACAGCCCAUCGCUAAAGCAGUUGGAAUUGUGGAGUUCAAAGCUAGCGACAUUGUAAAUGGUCACCACAAAGUCCUGUGGAACAAAAACGGUCGAACCUUUUACACAAAAAAUGCGUCCACUUAGAACUUGAAGGCGAAAUAUAUAUCCGGCAGCCUGGCUACUACAUUGUUUCUUCGCAGCUGAAUAUACGGCGACGAAAGGAGACACGCACACCGAUGAAUGAAACAAGACCAACGACAUUAAUUCAUAAUGUUGAGUUGCUUUCCAACGACUAUAGCAGGCCUGACUUACUGAUUUUCAGUCAUCAUGUUGAUCUUCUUUCACACACAUAUGGAACGACUGGUGUCUUGAUGCAAACCAUGAAAUCAGUUCAACAAAAUGGUGGUCAUUUUACAAGUUUCCUGUCAGCGGUUUUCAAGCUGAACAAAUAUGACAGGCUCUCUGUAUCUGUAUCCCAUUCUGAAUUGCUCGACAUUGACAAUUUCAAUGAUCACUUCCUGGUUUAUUACACUUAUGA